AUGGUGUUCAUGGAAGACAAUAAAAAUAUAAUAAAAUGGAUCUCCGAUCAUUACUUGGUCUUGAUUAAGUCAGUGAAGAAGAAUCAGAAGAAAAACAGAACUGUUCCUCAAUCAUUACUUGUUGAUGACAAAUUUACAAAAAACACCAUUGGUGCAGAUUGUUUUGAUUGUACUCAUAUUAAACAUAGUCUUCAACAAAGUGGAGUUUGUAUUCUUCCAUUACUUGAAGCUGUUGCUUAUUGCAGCGCUGAACGUGAUUGUGGUGGUUAUGGUGUUCCAACUAACACAGGAUAUCAUAAUGUUUAUGAUCUUAAAGAUCGUGCAUUAGGUGCUAAAUUUUUCAAAGGCACGAAAGCCUUGACAAAUAACGAAUGGACAUUAGUUGUCAAACAAAAUUAA